AUGGAGCUACUACUCUCUGACGAAGGUCUGGCUGUCCUUGUGCCCAUCGUGGUGUACUGGGCGUAUUGUGGCCUGCAUGCAACGCUUGGUCAGUCCAUGUUUAUGGACAGAUACAGGCUGCACCCAAGCACUCAUGAAGAUAGCAAGAACCAUGUGUCGAAGCGACAAGUCAUCAGCAACGUCCUCAAGCAGCAGCUCGUGCAGGUUGCCAUGGUGGCCAUGGUGAUGAUGUUCAAGCAUGCAUGA